AUGGCGACAGACACAAGUCAAAAGACGCUCUCUUCGACCACUUAUACCCUCAACACCGGCGCCAAGAUACCCGCCGUUGGUUUCGGCACUUUUGCCAAUGAGGGCGCCAAGGGCGAAACAUACGCUGCUGUCACAAAGGCCCUGGAUGUCGGAUAUCGGCACCUCGACUGUGCGUGGUUUUAUCUCAACGAGGACGAGGUUGGCGACGCGAUAAGAGAUUUUCUCGCUCGCAGACCCGAUGUCACCCGCAAGGAUCUGUUUAUCUGCACAAAGGUUUGGAACCACCUUCACGAGCCAGAGGACGUGAAGUGGAGCGCCAAGAACUCGUGCGAAAACCUCAAGGUUGACUACAUUGAUCUGUUCCUUGUACACUGGCCAAUUGCCGCCGAGAAGAAUGCGGACAGGACAGUGAAAAUAGGCCCUGAUGGGAAAUACGUCAUCAACAAAGCUUUGACAGAAAAUCCAGAGCCAACAUGGCGAGCAAUGGAGGAACUGGUUGACAGCGGCAUCGUCAAGGCGAUUGGCGUAUCCAACUGGACGAUACCAGGACUGAAGCAACUUCUGGAAUUCGCACGAAUCAAGCCAGCAGUCAACCAGAUUGAAAUUCAUCCAUUCCUGCCCAACACAGAGCUCGUCGAGUUCUGCUUUCAAAACGACAUCUUGCCCGAGGCCUACUCCCCCCUGGGAUCACAAAAUCAGGUGCCAACGACUGGUGAGCGAGUACGGGAUAACCCAACUCUGAACGCGGUUGCAGACCGAAGAGGCUCUAGCCUUGCUCAGGUUCUCCUGGCUUGGGGCCUCAAGAGAGGCUAUGUUGUGCUACCCAAGAGCUCAACCCCGAGUCGCAUUGAGAGCAAUUUCAUCAUUCCGGAGCUGAGUGAAGAAGACUUUGCAGCGAUUCAAAAGGUCGCAGAAGGACGACAUGUUCGGUUUGUCAAUAUGAAGGAUACAUUUGGUUACGAUGUUUGGCCGGAAGACAAAUAA